CUUGAAGUUUAAAUGUUAUUUCAAAUGUUAUUGAAUUCACAAUUUAAAAAAAUAAGUUAUCUUGUAAAGUAUUUUUGAUUAAAUUUGUAUAUGUUUUUAUUGUUUAUGGUAAACCUUUUUUUACUAUUUUUAUGAUGCCUGUAAAAAUGUAUGCUCUCAAUCAUUAUGUUAGAUGAGCCUGUCAAAUUCAAUUAAGAUUUUUAUUAUGAUCUAUCAAUUUAAUUAAAUACUACAGAGGCUAAGAUUUUUAAAAUGCAAGAUAUAGAACGACCUGAGCCGCAGUGUACCUGGCAUUACUCUUCAAUUCAUAUGUUUUGUAGAGUAUGUGCUAAUACUAAUGACUACCUUAUACCAAUUUUUAGAGGUGAAGGGAUUGACUAUCAGCUUCAAUUUAAAAUAAGUCAACAUUUGCAUGUUGAGGUUACAGAAAAUGAUUUAUUACCUACUCAAGUUUGUUAUCCCUGUGCAUCAACAUUAUUGGCAUUUCAUGAAAUGUUGGAAAAUUGUGUUCAGGCUGAGAAGCGUUUGACAAGUUUUCUUUCAAUAAACCGUAUAAAAAAUCCAGCAAGGGAUAUUGAAAGUGAUUGUUAUUUUACAGAUCAAUAUAAUGAACUUGUAGUGGACAAUAAUUGUUCUACCAGCAACUUAGAGAAAAUGGUGAGUGCUGAUGAAGUAAAUUCCUACAAGCUUAAGCAACCUGUUAAAAAAAGGCUAUUAGUGGAAAGUGAGCAAUUAACGAGUAUAGUUCCUGAAAAAGAAGACAUGAAAAAUAGCAAUUCAACCACACCAAACAAUGAGAAGAAAGAUUAUAAAGACAAAAAAAAGAAAAGAAAGAAAAGAGAGAAAUUAAGUAAGUGUACCGUUUGUGGAAAAGUAUUUCACUUUGUUGAAUAUUUAAAGUCUCAUUUGUUGAGUCACUCUGACAGCAGGCCUCAUCUUUGCCACAUAUGCGGGGCUUCAUUCAAGAGAAAAGAUCAUGUUAACCAUCAUAGAAGAACUGUUCAUAUAACGCAUCCUGAGAUUAUUAAAGAACUGGAAGAAAAAGGUGAAGAGCCACUGGAAUGUGAUGAUUGCGGUGAAAUAAAGCCAACAAAAUAUGCAAUGUUAGUUCAUAAAAAAAGGCAUAUUGUAAACUGUGUCUGUGAUGUUUGUCAUAAGUCAUUUUCUUUACCUUCUCUCCUUAAAACUCAUUUGGUUAAAGCACACACUGAUGAUAUAUGUACUUGUGAUGUUUGUGGUGAAGUAUUGAAGUCUGGACAUUCUUUAUAUAUUCAUAAAAAAAAACAUCUCACCAGUUAUAUUUGUGAUGUUUGUGGAAAGAGUUUCACUCGACCUUCUUCACUUAAAACUCAUAUGGUAAUUCACUCUGAUGAUAAACCUUUCACAUGUGAUGAAUGUGGAAAAUCUUUUAAAUUGAAACUUCGUUUGCAGCAACAUAAACAGUCUCAUAGUAACUUUAGACCAUAUGCUUGCAAUAUUUGUGAGAAUAAACGCUUCAAGACAAAAACUGCUCUUAUUGUUCAUAAUAAUAUGCAUAAUGAUACAAGACCUUACCCUUGUCCUCACUGUAGUUUUAGGGCUCGUAAAAAUUCUGAUUUAGUUUGUCACAUUAGGACUCAUACAGGAGAAAAGCCUUAUAAAUGUGAGGUUUGUGGAAGAGGAUUUGCUCAAGCCGGUGAUAUGAAAAAACACCGUAAUACCCAUAAUAGGCAAAAAUUAGAACCAUUAUAAAGGAAGAAAUGUUCUCUUUUUUCUUAUUAUCUCACCUCAAGAUGUGUCCAUGCUCUCAGGUUGACUUGCUGCUCUAGCUCCAUAACUUGGCUUUCGAAUGAAACUUUGCUCAUGAACUGCAGCAUAUGUGGACCAAGCCAUUUAAGCAAACUUAAGUUUCUUAACUUUAAGAAACAUAGAAGGAAACCUGGAAGCAGCAAGCAUUGCUGAGGAGAAGUUGUCUUGUAAAAAAUCACAUGUGGGGUACUUUACCUCCUCACCUAAGUCUUAUAAAAUUUCAUAAGAUGCUGAUUAUGAAAAAAAUCCAAUAAAUUAAAAAUUACAUUUGAAAACCUCCCACUUUAUUGGAAAAUAAAUGGAAUAAGUACAAAGUAUGAAUAACUAAAUAAUGAAAAAGCCCUAACUAAUAAAAUAAUGGUCAAUUUUGUUGGAACAAAGUGGUAUUACGAAAUUUAGUAGAAUGUUUUAAUUCUUAAAUUGUGGCUUGAUAUUACAGGAUUGAAAUUUAAUUUUACAAAAAAAGAAGUUGUCUUUCUGUAUAUUCCAUUUAUUUUUCUCUUUUGCGCAACUGGUUUCGGUCUUUUAUUUAUUUUAUAUAGGAGGACCACUAUCAGUUGGGUGAUUACCAUUUUUAUUGAUUAAUUUAUUAAGACAACCCCCAUACCAGACUGAAACAACUAGAAACCGCCUCAUGUUUUCGACUACUGCAGCACUGCAGGCAAAUGCGCUAAACUUCCCACUAUUUAAAAAAGACUCUCUCUCUCUCUCUCUCUCUCUAUAUAUAUAUAUAUAUAUAUAUAUAUAUAUAUAUAUAUAU